UUAAACGUCAAAGAAAAAUCCAUAAAGUUUUUUUAUAAAAGGAAAUUAAGUCCUGCAAACAGAUUGGCUUUUCUCGUUAACUGCAAAGUUCUAGAAACUGGAGUUACAAAAAUAGAAUUUUUUAUCGGCUCUGUGUUUUUGAAGUGCAUUCUAAUAUGGCGAUAACUUCCCUCGUAAUCGGUCGCUUGUGCUCCAGCUGAGUUAAUUUGUGUUUUUUUAGUAAAUUAUUAAGCUUGAUACACUGUCCGGCUUGUACUUAAUUUGCCGAAAAAUAAUCACAUUUUGUGUAUUUUGCCGAUAAGUUAACGAUAAUGGAUCCUGAAGAACUUCCGGAAAACAGUGACAGUAGUGAUGAAGAUUACGUUCCCGACAAAAAAGAAGAAAACGUUUCUGAAGUUGAAUCUGACGGAGAUCCAGAAUCGGAUUUUUCCGACAGUGAAAACGUGAGUGGCAAAGCAAAAAAAAGAAGAAAACAGUCAUCAAAACCCAGAAAGAAGCAAAAACCGAUUGAAGAAGAAGAAGUAGUCAAUAAUAGCGCACCGAAACAGGUAUCAGAGGAAGAAAAGAAGAAACUGGCGGAUGAUAUAUGGGCCGAUUUUAUGAAAGACACUGGAUUUCAAUCAAAGAAAGAUGUAGCUAAAAAUUUGCCAACAAAUAGUAAUAAGCCAACAACAGUAGACAAUGCUAAAAAAACUGAAGAAAAGAAACCGGAGACGGUUAAAAUAACUCAAGUUUUUAAGUUUGCUGGUGAGGAAGUUAAAGUAGAAAAAGAAGUUGCAAAAGAUUCAAUUGACGCGAGACUAUCAAAUAAAUCUAGUGAGCCGGGGAAACCUGUCAAAAGUAAAGGUGGUUUAAGUGGAAUUUUAAGCCAGUUGGGGAAAAAAACUAAAAUUAGUACUUUGGAAAAGUCUAAGUUAGACUGGGAUCAGUUUAAAAAAGAGGAGAAUCUUCAGGAAGAACUUCAGAACCAUAAUAAAGGCAAGGAUGGUUAUUUGGAACGGCAGGAUUUUUUGCAAAGGGCUGACUUACGAAGAUUUGAGAUUGAGAAAGAAAUACGCAGCAAGGAGAGGAGUAAAAGAUUAAACAACGCCUAAGUGACGAUUCUCAGUAUUGCUUGUAUUUAUUUAUUUAUUUUUACAUUCCGAUUGUUUUAUAUCGUGCUCCUCAAUUGAUUUUAAUCAUUAGGUGUGUUUUUUUAAUUUGACUUCGUUAUAGAUUUUUGUAUCCUCUUGUGUAAAUUAAGACAUUAAAUAAAUGAGACAGCUCAAAGAAAUAUAUUUAUUUAUACAACAUACAGUUAUUAUUGUCAAAAGUAUAGGAAAAAUUGUACAAAAAACAAGUAAUAAAGUUGUAUAGUACACA